UCUCAGUCCCGUCCCGUGGCUCCUCCGCUUCCCUAAUCGUCAAUCAUCUGGAUAUCUCAGUCAGUGCAAGAGCCUUUUUGCUAAUUGCUUUGCCAAGUUAAACUUGAAAUUUUAAAGGAUACAAUGUCCAGGAGUGCAGUAAUUUUGCAACGAUUUCGUCGAGAAGCUGCCAGUCAAAGCCUCACAGGGACAUCUCUUCAGUCAUGCUCAUAUUUUGGUUUUCCUCUGAGAUGGUUAAGCUGCGCAGAGCACACCACAAAAUGGGGAACUUUUACAUCUUAUCAGAUUGAUGACGUUGAUCCAUAUUCACCAGUUAGAAGUCUAGCAAAAAUCUGUACACCUCCCCUUUCAUUUCACAUAAACCACUGUUCUCACUCCAGUCAAUCAUUGGGUUUCUCAAGUGUUUCAAGUCCUCGUCGCAUGUAUUCGUCUGAUGCUAGAGCCAAUCCAGAAGAUCAAGAAAAUGCUAUUGCCAAAGUUUCUUCUACAGAAACUUCUGAAGUUGGCACCACAGAUCAUGGUGGCAACACUUGGAUUGAUACUUUAGACAGUGCUCAUCACUCUACUAUAGACGCCACCACAGCCGCACUUAAGAAAAUGAAGGAGCUGACUGAUGCAAUUGUACCUCACAUCCAGGAGUUGUAUGUUACUUAUCCAGAUCUACAAAAGAUGGUCAUUCCACUUGGUGGGACACUGAUGGGUGCAGCAGUUGCAUGGUUUAUAAUGCCUAUUGGUCUAAGGAAGCUCCACAAGUACACAUCGGAGAAUCCUCUCAUAAUUCUUCGAGGGGAUUCAACCAACAAAUACAUGCCUUACCGAACAAGCUUGUGGAGUGCAUUGGAAAAUCCUGCAAAAUAUGUUCUCAUUUUUAUGGCAUUUUCUCAGAUGGCGGCAGUUGUUACGCCAGGUAUUUCAGAUUAUCUCCCACAGGCAUGGAGAGGAGCAUUUGUAUCUCUUGUGUGGUUCAUUUACAGGUGUAAAGCUAACUUCAUUGCUAAUUUUAUGACCAACCAAUCUGCUCUAGAGAUGGACCGAGACAGAUUAUCAGCAUUUGAUAAGGUGUCAUCAUUAGCACUGAUUGCACUUGGAGGAAUGGCUCUUGCUGAAGCCUGUGGUGUACCUGUGCAGUCAAUAUUGACUGUUGGAGGUGUCGGAGGUGUUGCUUCUGCUUUCGCUGCUAGAGAUGUCUUAGGUAACAUACUAAGUGGGCUCUCUCUACAGUUUUCAAAGCCAUUCUUGGUUGGAGACAACAUAAAGGCUGGGUCAAUAGAAGGGAAAGUGGUUGAAAUUGGACUGACAUCUACAUCAUUGAUCAACCCAGAAAACCUCCCUGUCAUAGUUCCUAACUCGCUGUUCUCCAGCCAAAUUAUAGUCAAUAAAUCAAGAGCUGUGUGGCGUGCUAGUGUGGCAAAAAUACCUGUAAGAAUUGAAGACCUUGGAAAGAUUCCUACUCUAUCAGAGGAGAUAAAAGUGAAGUUAAGAUCGAACCCAAACAUUGAUGCUCCUUACUGCUAUCUCUCACAGUUAGAAAGUACACAUGGAGAGCUUACCAUUGGUUGCACCAUCAAAAGCAUGAGAAGGGACGAAUGGACAUCUGUAGAACAAGAUAUUCUUUUGAAAGCUGCCAGCACCAUCAAGCAAUAUGAAUCCUGAAUAUGCGAGCACAUUAUAGUUUUCUGUUCUAUUCUUUUCACUUUUACGGCAACAAGAGGCAACAAGUGGUUAAUUUUUCUGGUUUGGCAUGGGAGUGUAAAUAGAGCAAUCAUGGCUCAUGUUUGAAUCCCAUGUGCCUUUACUCUUGAAGAAAGUUGUCAUCCUACUGUUACAUGGAUACAAGAAAAGGAGAAGAAAUAUGAAUCACC